UGUGCUUAGUUACUGAUCGCUGCAGACUACUGCACAUGCUUAAAACUUUCUCGAAAACGAAAGGAAGCGGACCAGACAGGCAGGCAGAGUCCAAGAGAACAUUCCACUACUCUGAUCAUAUUGUGUGAAAACAAUAUUCUUCCACCAACGAGAACAUGUUUGCUGCUAUGAAAUCGGGUGCUCCUGUACCAGACAUUGCACAACCUCCACCUGUUGCAACACAAAACUUUCAAAGAACGGAUUCAUCACAGUCAGUAAAUAAACAGCAUCAAAUAAAAGUAUUCAAUAUUCCUGAGGGUAGCAGUCAGGACGAACUUGCAGAUUUCUUCUCUUCUGUUGGCAAAGUGAAAAGUGCAAAAAUAUUACCACCCAGAGAUGGAAAGACUACCACUUUAGGUUUUGUUGAAUUUGAGCUGGAAGGAGAUGUACAGAAGGCAGUGGAAAUGAAGGAGAAAGAAGAAUUUAACGGCUCUCAACUUCAUGUGGUUGCUAACAACAGAGAUGGUGGCAUGCGUUCCGGAACAAAUAACGACCGUGGCUCUUUUGAUGCAGUUUCAACUGGUCAGUCUCCUCAAGUUAAAGUUUUCAAUAUCCCCAAUGGUUCUGAUAAAGAUAAAAUAAAAGACUUGUUUAGUAGCGCUGGUGCGGUUAGCAAUGUUAAAAUAUUAGCUUGUCGGGAAGGAAAAGAUGUUACACUUGGGUUUGUUCAUUUUGAGGAUAUUGAAGCGGUUGAGAAGGCUAUAUCACAGUUUAAUGACUAUGACUUUAACGGUUCAAAGUUGCAUGUUGUCAAUGCAGAUCGUAAUAAUAAUCCCAGUAAUAGAUUUUCCAACAAUUCUGUUCUAAGUCCUCCUAGGACAUCGCCUGGAAACUUCUUUCAGGAUGCGCAAAAACCAAGUCGUCCGAUGGGUAGAGGUGCGCAAUUGUUGGCUAAUGUUGCCAGUGUAGGACAAUCCCAAGAGAGACGACGUAGACCACAAGCUAAAGUAUUUGGCAUAUCCCCAGGAACAUCUGAAGACGAAGUCAAGGACUUUUUUUCUUCUGUUGGAACUGUGCAGUUUGUUAAAAUUUUACCAUUAAGGGAAGGCAAGGAUAAUCAUUUAGGGUUUGUGGAAUUCGAUACAGAGGAAGAAGUUGAAAAGGCAGUGCAAGAGUUGAGUGGACAAGACUUUGGCGGUUCCACAUUGAAAGUAAUGAGUGGUGGAGGCCAGUCAUCUACAAACAGUUUCUCCAAGUUUCAAAAUGGAGGAGAUUCAUGGCAUCCUAACUCAAGUAUCCCAACAGGCAGAAUUCCAAGAGAGGAGAGGGCACCGAAUUUUAUGAGUAACGGACAUGGUGAUAGUGAUAUCAUGCUUCCAGAGUACGGAAACAACGCUUGUCGUAGAUGUGGAGAAAUGGGACACUGGGCACGUGAAUGCACAAAUGCACCUGCAUCGGAUGGAUCACUAGCAGUGACGUACAUUCCACCUCCUCCACCUGAAACGGAACAAGAAAUUUUCGCACAAGGAAUUCACGAGGGCAUUAAUUUCGAGAAAUAUGAACAUAUACCUGUAGAACUAACUGGCACAAAUGCACCAAAACCAGUCUCAUGUUUUAAUGACGCAGAAAUUCAUGCAGUUUGCAAAUUAAACAUUGGGAAAGCAGGUUAUAAGAAGCCGACUCCUGUUCAAAAGUAUGCCAUACCUGCCAUCAUCAAAAAGAGAGACUUGAUGGCGUGUGCUCAAACUGGCUCUGGUAAAACUGCCUCAUUUUUAAUUCCCAUCAUUACAAACAUUUUAAGCGACGGAUUGGUCAAUAAUAUCCAAGACUGUGAUGGUCCUGCAUACCCACUAGCUGCCAUUCUCUCCCCCACAAGAGAACUUGCUGUUCAGAUUUUCCAGGAAGCCAUCAAAUUUUCUUUUGGCAGCGCAGUCCGACCAGUGGUCAUCUACGGUGGGAUAAAUGUGAGCCACCAGCUUGAUAAACUUCGCAGUGGGUGUCAUAUACUGGUUGCAACACCUGGUCGAUUGGAUGAUUUUGUGAAACGUGGAAGAAUUAGUUUCAAAAACUUGCAAUAUUUGGUUCUCGAUGAAGCAGAUAGAAUGAUGGACAUGGGCUUUGGACCACAGAUUAAUGCUAUCAUCGACAACUCUGAGAUGCCAAUGAAAACCGAGCGCACUACAUUGAUGUUUAGUGCAACGUUCCCUGAACAAAUUCAACAAAUGGCUGCCAGAUUUCUACAUGAUUAUCUUUUCUUAACCGUUGGGCGUGUCGGAGGCACAUGUUCCGAUGUACAACAGACUAUCUUGCAGGUGCCAGGGGCGCAGAAGCGUAACACAUUGGAACAAAUAUUACAAGAAUCAGGUACUGACCGUACGUUGGUAUUUGUGGAACGUAAACGCGACGCCGACUUCCUGGCUAGUUUUCUAUCGCAGCGAAAUUACCCAACGACGAGUUUGAACGCAGAUCGCAGUCAGCAAGAACGUGAGUUAGCUUUACGCGACUUUCGAGCAGGAAUCGCCCCUGUUUUAGUAGCAACCGCUGUAGCUGGGCGAGGUUUGGAUAUCAAUGACGUGAAACAUGUUAUCAACUAUGACUUACCCAACGACGCGACCGAGUACGUGCACCGCAUUGGUCGAACGGGAAGGAUUGGAAACAAGGGCAAAGCUACAGCAUUCUUCGAUAUGAACAGAGAUGAAAAGUUGGCAAGAGGCUUGGUGAAAUUGUUAUCGGAUGCUGAGCAAACGGUACCUGAUUGGCUGGAAGAGUGUGCGUUAAGUGCGAUUGGAACAGGUUAUGGUCCUGACGGGGGCCAGUUUCGCGAUAGACGUGUUCAGCAAACAUUUAACAGAAGGGGCGCUCCCGUUGCCAAUAGCAACCAUGCAACAAGUCGUCCUUCAGUCAAUAGCACUGUGGAUGAUGAUGAGGAGGAAUGGUAACUAGUUUGACCAUCUUAAGGACUGGUAACUAGUUUGUCUGUUUAGUAGACAAUUUAUGUUGCUGAAGAUAUUUUUAAAGCGAAAAGUAGAGUUCCUUACCAAGCCGUUUAUUCAGACACUAUUCUGAUGGUAUUUUUAAAACGAAAAGUAGAAGUUCUCGCCAAGCUAUUAGUUGAGGUGAUUUUUGGGAGACAUUUUAUUUACUUGCGUUCAAAGACAAAGAGACUGUUUGUUAUUUAUAGUUUUUUCUAAGUUUUCUAUUUUUUAAACAUUUUUUAUUCAACGUAAAGUUUAUUUUUAAAGAAAUAUAGAACUUUCGUUUUUUUAUUAA